GAGGGGGGUUGGUAGUUCGGUUGGGCGCGGAGGGAUCCGGCGGAGUCAUUCACAGUGUGUGAGGUAGAUUGUGGCGCCAGAAUUUGGAAGUGUUCGCGGUAAAAGGCGCUGUGUGUAGGCGGCCAUGGUUCAGCUACGGAGCUCAUCCGGGGCCAGGAGCGCUCCCGAGCCCGAAGACGAUUCUCUGUUGGACUCCAGCUCCGAGUUCCUUGGGCUGGAGAGCGGUACAAUGAGUGUCUACAGCAACAGUGAAGCAUGCAGGACAAUGCCCCCAAACGUACAGCCAAUGUCAUUAGGAACUAUCGUCCGCGUAAAGAAAAAUGGUUCAUUUGCCAAUAAAUCCAACGAUGGGAACCAUGCCCUGCGCUCAUUAAGGAAGGUAACUCCUGAAAAUGGUCAUAACUAUUCAGAUUCCAGCUUGGAGAAGACUAAUGAAGCGCUGACCAUGAAUAACACAGAAGAGAAAAGGUUUUCCAGGAGGCUGGCUAGGUUGCAACCCGAUGUGACUGAAAAUGGCGAAGAAGAGGUAAUGUCGCCUGCUGAAAACAAGUCGCUGAAGAGGAAGAGAGAGGGUGCAGAGAAAGUCAGCGCCCACCAGGAAGAUGGUCUCGUGGAAGUUCGUCGGAGCGGCAGGAUCAGGAGGAGUCGUUACAGCACCACAAAUCAGUCUGUGCUGUUUGACAAGUUGAUCACAAACACCGCCGAAGCCGUUUUGCAAAAAAUGGAUCACAUGAAGAAGAUGCGACGACGUCGUAUGCGAGAACUUGAGGAUUUGGCUGUCUUCAAUGACACAGAAGAGGAAAAUGUAGAUAUGUAUUCUCGUGUCAAGAGAAAAUGUCGAGUUUCCCAGCUUGACGAGGAAACCUCAGACAAUCAGGAGGAAAGUGGGGAAGACCAUGAGGAGGAGGAGGAGGAGGAAGAUGAUGAUGAGGAGGAGGACGACGACGAGGAGGAUGAUGGAGAGGAAUUUAACCAAAAACGUUAUGAACUGAGACAGAGAAAAGCUGUUGUUCCCUACCAGGUGCCUCUACAAGGUGAAGAUGAACAUUGCCUAAAGAGAAGACACGCUGUGCAUAGCAAUGACUCCACAUCAUCCUCCUCCUCCUCUUCAGAUGAUGAGGAACAUUUUGAGAGGCGCCUGGUUCGAAGCCGUAACAAGGCUAUUAGCAGGUGUCUUCCUAUGAACAUUCAGAGAGACGAUUUAAAAGGACUUCACAAAGAUCGCAUGAAAAUUGGUGCCAGCCUAGCAGAUGUUGACCCAAUGCAGAUUGAUACCUCUGUACGAUUUACUAGCGUUGGAGGUCUCUCUAAACACAUAGCCUCUUUAAAGGAGAUGGUGGUUUUCCCGUUGCUUUACCCUGAAGUUUUUGAAAAGUUUAAGAUUCAGCCUCCACGGGGCUGUCUGUUCUAUGGACCUCCUGGUACCGGAAAAACCUUGGUAGCCAGGGCCCUGGCCAAUGAGUGCAGCAUCGGUGAUAGACGAGUUUCUUUCUUCAUGAGGAAGGGGGCUGACUGCUUAAGCAAAUGGGUCGGUGAAUCUGAACGUCAGCUGCGACUCUUAUUUGACCAGGCUUAUCAGAUGCGUCCAUCAAUUAUCUUUUUUGAUGAGAUUGAUGGCUUGGCACCAGUCCGAUCAAGCAGACAAGACCAAAUUCAUAGUUCGAUUGUUUCCACAUUGCUGGCUCUUAUGGACGGUUUGGACAGUCGAGGAGAGAUCGUUGUGAUCGGAGCCACCAAUAGACUUGACUCUAUUGAUCCUGCUCUAAGGCGGCCUGGACGUUUUGACAGAGAAUUCCUGUUCAACUUGCCUGACAGAGAUGCACGUCUGGAAAUUCUGAAAAUUCACACAAAAGAAUGGAAUCCACAGCCAUACGAAAGUUUUCUGCAGGAACUAGCUGAGAAGUGUGUUGGGUAUUGUGGUGCGGACGUAAAAUCUCUGUGCUCCGAAGCUGCCUUGUGCGCUUUACGCAAGCGUUACCCUCAGAUUUACACAACAACAGAUAAGCUGCAGCUCGAUGUUUCCUCUAUCAAAAUUACUGCUAGGGACUUCAUGUUUGCAAUGCAGAAAAUUGUGCCUGCCUCACAGAGAGCUGUCGUCUCCCCUGGACAAGCACUUUCCUGCAUCAUCAAGCCUCUGCUUCAGAACACUCUGAGCAUCACCUUGAAAGCAUUGAAGAAAGUUUUCCCACAUAUGGAAGAUGGACUUAAACCUAAAGAGCCUGCUCUUUCCAGUGGUUUGUUGGAUGAAGAUCUGAUUUACAGCGACGACGAAGGUCCUUCUGUAUUUGAAAAUGGGAUUAUCAAUCAUUUGCCAAGUGGCAAAUCAAAAGAAAAUAGACCAUUUAUUCACCUCAGUGUGAAUGCCUAUCACCAGCCUACUUCAUUCAGGCCUAGGUUCCUGAUCUCUGGGAAGCCAGGCCUGGGUCAGGGUACACACUUGGCUCCGGCACUCAUACACACUCUGGAAAAGUUCACCGUGUACACAUUGGAUUUGGCUGUGCUUUUUGGAGUUAGUGUAACUUCUCCAGAGGAAACUUGCGCACAGCUUUUCCGUGAAGCAAGACGCACUGUUCCUAGCAUUCUGUAUAUUCCACACAUUCAUCUGUGGUGGGAGACAGUUGGCAACACCUUGAAAGCAACAUUUUUAACCCUAAUCAAAAGUAUACCAUCGUUUUCUCCAAUCCUGCUCUUGGCAACGUGUGACGUGGAAUAUGCUGAUCUAGACUGUGAGCUACAAGAGCUGUUUCUGGAUGACUAUGGGGAGGUUUUCCACGUUCAGUUACCAAACAAGGAGGACCGGAGAGCUUUCUUCCAGGAUCUUAUUUUGAACCAAGCUGCAAAGCCUCCAACCUCCAAAAGGAAGGCAGUUCUUCAUGCACUUGAGGUGCUGCCGGUGGCUCCACCACCUGAGGCCCGUCCUAUGACUACUGAGGAGCUAAAGCGAUUGGAGGCGCAGGAAGAAGAGACGCUCCGUGAAUUGAGGCUCUUCCUGAGGGAUGUCACCCAUCGGAUUGCCAUUGACAAACGAUUUAGAGCUUUUACAAAGCCAGUGGACCUUGAGGAGGUUCCAGAUUAUGUCACAGUAAUUGCCCAGCCAAUGGACCUCUCAACUGUUAUAAGCAAAAUUGACCUGCACAAGUAUCACACUGUGAAAGAAUACUUAAGAGACAUUGACCUUAUCUGCAGUAAUUGCCUGGAGUACAAUCCAGACAAGGACCCAGGAGAUCGGAUGAUCCGCCACAGGGCAUGCAGUCUAAAGGACACAGUUUAUGCAAUGAUUAAACAGGAGCUGGAUGAAGAAUUUGAGAAGCUUUGUGAAGAAAUUCAGGAAUCUCGCAAAAAGAGGGGUUUUUCUUCUGCGAAAUACGCACCUUCUUAUUACCAUGUUCUUCCGAAGAACACAAAUACACCCGAUGGGAAGAAAAUGGACACUGAGGGAUCUGAAAAACCGACUGGAUCUGCAACUCCUGUUGCUGCCAGUACACCCAGUACAGGAAAGAGAAAGCACAGACGACGAAGUCGCUGGAGCUCUGGUAUUUGUCCUAAAAAGAGGAAGCCAUCAGCCGUUCGUAAUAGCAGAACUGAAGAGGCAGAAAGUGAAGCAGACCAAGAUCCUAAAGAGUCCAGCCUAGAUCUGACGGAGAUGGAACUCCUAGAUGAUUCCUCAAUGGAAGCAGAACAGUCUUAUCUGGACAUCAAUAAUCUAGAUAAGGAAGCUGGGAAUGUUCCUCCUCAUACAGAUUCUUCUAAAGCCCCGACCGACGAGUUGGAAAAAAAACACGAGGAAGUCCCUGCAGCAGUGCUAAAUGGUGAUCACAGAGACUUAGAUGAUGUGUGUGUUCUGAGAAUGACUCGUGGAAGACAAAUCCAAGUGGAACAGCAGAACCUCAUCAGUGUGGAUACAAUUAUGGAUGUCCUCUCGGAGCCGGUGCCAGCCUUGCAUGUGGAUCACCAGAGCCUCAAGGACUUGCUGGAAAAAGCUGUGAAUAAAACAAACGGAUAUAACAUACUGCAGCUGGAAAAGUUAUACGCAGUGCUGAGCCAGUGUAUUUACAGACAUCGUAAAGACUAUGACAAGUCUCAGUUAAUACAGGAAAUGGGACAAGAAAUGGCAAAUUUUCGCAUCUGAGAUCACAACUGUAUCCAUUUCAAAUUGCCUUAAUGUCUUCUUUAAUAUAUGCAAUGUUUACUUGUACAUAUAUACACACACUGUAACAUGUGAAAAAUUGGGGUUAUUUUCAUAGGAUAUGACAUCGUACUGUACAUAUUGAUGUUGGUGAUAUUUUACCUUUUUUGUGCGUAUGCUAAAAAUAAAGAUGGCAACACCGCAG